AUGGAGCUAUUGGAUGUGGUUCUCUUGAUCCUUGUUGGGGCCUUUUGGGGGUGCACCAAUCCGCUGCUGAGAAAAGGAGCGUCUGAUGCUGGGUCAAUAAAAGAGGAAGCCGCUUCUACCAACGACCAUUCCUUGCUCGAUACACUCCAAGCUUCGGCCAAAAAGUUUAUCAAUGUCCGUGUGUGGUUGCCCUAUGCCAUGAAUCAGUUUGGUUCUGUUCUGUUUUAUGUGGCACUGUCUCGAUCCGACUUGACUCUUGCCGUUCCCGUCUGCAAUGCUCUGGCACUGGUAUUCUCUAUGGCCACGAGCUUUGCGUUGGGAGAACGAGUGGAUCGGCCCCUUCGCGCCGUGGCUGGAUCGGCAUUGGUCAUGACAGGAGUUGGAAUCUGUUUGCAUUCCAGAGAAGGUUCAACAUCAGAUGGCACCAAAGACGCCGAAACGAGAAAUUGA